UCUUUUAAUGAAUAAAAGACUGGAAUAAAAGUGUUUAUCAUGAUAGGGAAGUUCAUAAUAAGGUAUCACCAUUCUGUGUCUCAUGGCUUUUCAUUUUAACUCUUUAAUACUUAUCCAACAAGAAUGGACACAGUUGAAACAGUUGAUUAGGUAGCCAAUGGGAAGAAAGUUUUCCUGUAAGUGAGAAGUACUCCAGUCUCAGUGGUUUUUUUUAAAAACUUGAAAGCCUGUAUUGUUUACACAGAUACACUUAAGGAGACUUGUAGUACAGUCUGAGAUGCAAUAGAUAUUAUCUUUUUAAAAUACUGCUUUCCCCCAGCUCCUUGGCAUGGUUUCUCACUAAGGCUAGCAGGGGAAGGAGCUCCCACCACAACAAAACCCUAGUUCUAAGUUUUAUCUUGUGUGCAUUGGCACUGAGAGAACAGUUCAGAGUUGUUGGUGAAAUCAUUAUUGUUAUGGACAUGGUUAUUCAUACAAAGGAACUUUUAAUUGUCAAGGACCUACGCUUGAGAGCACAGGAUGGCAAGAGUCAUGAUAUAUAGGUUGUGUUAUUUCACAAUGCUGUAACAAUUGUGGAUAGAGCCUUCCCAAAUCUUCAUUCGCAAAGCCUAGCCAUGAAUUUCACAAUGAGAAUGAAAUAUUUCACAUGCCUUGAAAAUUACUACAGCUGACGUUUGGAAAAGUUAAAAAAAAAAAUCCUGGGGCUUUCUUCCAAAAUGUAACAUCACACACAUCGUGCAUGGCCAACAGAACACUCAGACACCACUCAGUCACUCAGUUGUGCCUCAGGAUGCAUCUUUGAAUUCUCUCAGUAACCUCUGUACUGCUCCUUACCAGCUGUUUCUGGAUUUGAAACUGUCUAAAUUGCCAGGAAGAACAAGGAGUAGUCAUUCGCUCUCAUUUGAAAGACGUCUUCUGUUCACUUCGGAAUUUUUAAAAAAAUGACUGAAACUCCUCCACUGAGUAUUACCUCCUCAAACCAGAGUGAAAACAGAAGCAAUUCAGCUAUUUGCCCAGAGCAGGAUGACUGGUGGGACAUCGUGUAUUAUAUAGUGCCCAAGUACCUCAACGCUGUCUGUGCUAUUGGAAUGCCUGGAAAUGUAUUUGUUCUCCUCAUUUAUUCACUGCACAAGGGCCCCCUGAAGAUAGCUGAAAUCUACCUGAUGAACCUAGCUGUUGCUGAUCUUAUCUUCCUCAUGGGCCUCCCUUUCUGGGCAGAGAACAUCAGGAAUGAAUUUAACUGGCCAUUUGGCAGUUUCCUUUGCCGCAGCAACAGUGCAUCCAUCAGCCUAAACAUGUACACCAGCAUCUACUUGCUGGUGGCAGUCAGCGUGGAUCGCUACUUGACUCUUGUCCAUACCUUGAACCACAGACGGAUACGAAGCAAAACUAUGGCCAAAGGGAUCUGCUUGCUCAUCUGGUUCUUUGGCAUCCUCCUCAGCAUCCCAGUUUUUAUGUUUCGGACCGUGAAAGACUAUCCCCUGUGGAAUAUUUCAGCAUGCACUUUGGACUUCCCCACCCCAUCGUGGCAAACAGCUGAAAGCCUGGUACGCAGUGUAGUCGGAUUUGUGUUGCCAUCUACAGCAAUCAUCUCCCUUAAUUUCUCUACCAUUAGGUCCCUACAAAAAAAAACGAGAGCACGAAGAGCACUCGGGACAAAGGACUGCAAGGGGCACAAAGGCACGAAAGCUACCAGGCUGAUCCUCACAGUGAUACUGAUGUUUCUUUUCUGUUGGACUCCUCACCAUUUUUUUGUAUUCCUUGAUACAUUACACCGUACAGAAGUGAUCAAAGGCUGCUUCUGGGAGGAACUGCUCAAUUUUGGGGAGCAGUUUGCUUAUAUGCUGGCUACUACCAACAGUUGCAUUAACCCUGUGAUUUAUGUCUUUGUUGGGAAAUACUUCAGGCAAAAGGCUUUAGAAGUUUUUUCACAGUUUAUUCCCUGUGGAUUUCCUUUGAAAUGGGUAUCUUUGAAAGAAAUGUCAUCAAAUUUCAAUGUGUUUUCAGUCAGGAGUAGUUUAACUUAAUGAAUAUCAUUUCUAUCUUCAUUUUUAUAUUGCAACUUAUUUAAUGUCAUUGUAAAUAGCAUUAAAAAUUAAUAUGAAUUGCACUGAUCUGCCAUUCGCAGACUAAGAUAAUUAGCUACUAAAGUAAAUCACUUGAUUGCUUAUUUGUCCUCAGGUUUACUUUUUUAUGUCUGUGUUAUCCAUCCAAAUACAUAACAUGUGAUACUAGAAAUUUAUACCAAAUAACCUAAUCUCUUUUACCAAUUACCAAUGACUUGAAAGAAAAACUCUUUCAAGAUACCAGAAAAUAUUACAGAAAACCAUAAGCCAGCUGAACAUUUUACUUCAUUGUAUCUGUCAUGACACCUAAAAUACCAAAUUGCUACAGGUGUUACAGAGCAAAUAUGAGCUUAAUCUUUAGUUGGUAACUGCAUUUGAGCAAUUAUAGAAUACCUCCAGUUAUUUUGAACAACAUUUUAAAUGGAUUUUCACAGUAACAUGGAAAAUCUGAAUAUUUUUUGUGCAUUUCAAUUACAUUCAGCACAUAAAUAUUGUACAAGAUGAUAUACCACAAAGAAAUUGUACAUAAGCUGUAAAAAAUGCAAUGUAACACAGUAGCCUCCUCAAAAUGACUUUUUUUAUCCAAUAAAAUGUUACACAAUUGCUCAUC